AGAGGAUAGACCUUGCUUUGUGUGAGAAAGUAGCAAUCCAGAAGCAAGCUUGAGAUUGUUCCGAGGAAAGUAUUGGGCAGCAGCUGAAAGAUAGGGCUACUUUAGCCUAGCGAAAGCUUUCUAAGAUCGCUGCAAUAUAUAGCUACUUGAGUCAUUGUAAUCCUCGAGGACAAAUCCUUUGGAAUCAGGAUGAGUAACACAGAAGAUGAGAUAAUUGAGACAUCAGUGGACAUGGACUGGGUAACCUCAUUGGAGAAGAAGGUGUCAGACACAAAAUUUACGGACAGAAACACAGAGCCAACAAUCUACAGAGUUCCGGAUAUCUUGAGAAAGGUCGACCAUGAAGCCUAUGAGCCAUCGAUCGUCUCGCUCGGCCCCUACCACCGCGACAAACCUCAUCUAAAGGCCAUGAAUCAGCUCAAAUGGAAGUACCUCAAGUCUGUCCUCCAGCAGAACCGUAGUAUGGCCUUGAAGGACUAUGUGGAUCUGAUCAAGAAGCUGGAAAAGAGAGCACGCGCUGCCUAUUCGGAGGAAGUGAAGAUGAGCAGCAACAGUUUUGCAGAAAUGAUGUUGCUGGACGGAUGCUUUGUGAUGCUUACAGUAAUCGGGCGCGACUAUUUAGAAGAGAGUUGGGCUGCAAAUGUAGUAGUACGAGAUAUCUUCAAGCUCGAAAACCAACUUCCUUUCUUUCUUCUUGAAAAGUUGUACGAAUAUGCAUUUCCUCGCGGCUUUCCCUUUCGAAAACUAACAUUCGAGUUCAUCCGCAAGUAUUUCUCAAGUAACUCAAGUAUCUUGGGACUUCUCUCCGACAAUGAGACUUUUCACCACAAAAUUCAUCUUUGUCUUUCUUGGAUUGAUCCGAUAAAAAACAAUGACAACGGCAAUAGCAAUGGCGAUCAGUCCUCCACAUUUGGCUUCCUCUGCAACUAUAAUCUAGUUAAAACCGUAUUCGUAUCGUGGCCAUCAAAGCUGCGCUCGUUUUUGUUACCGCAGGUGAACAAGAUACGCACUGGUCGAGAUGCUAACCCCGAGGAGGAUCUCAAUGGCAAUGGCCAUGACAAUGGCAAUGGCAAUCAGUCCUCCACAUUUGGCUUCCUGUGCAACUAUAAUCUAGUUAAAACAGUAUUCGUAUCAUGGUCAUCAAAGCUGCGCUCGUCUUUGUUAUCGCAGGUGAACAAGAUACGCACGGGUCGAGAUGCUAACCCCGAGGAGUAUCGUCCUUGUAAAGGAAAGGAUACUGAGAUAGAAAAGAGUCCUGUCCCUGGCUUACCAUGGAUUCCCAGUGCUACAAUAUGCAAUGAAGCCGGAAUUCAAUUCAAAAGAAAACAAACAGCCAAGAGUUUCCUGGACAUUACAUUUCAUAACGGCAAGUUGGAGAUUCCCCAACUUCGAAUAGACGAUGACACCAACAUGCUCUUCAGAAAUCUUAUCGCGUACGAGCAAUGUUCAAACGAUUCCAAGCUCCAUGUUACAUCCUAUAUGGUGCUUAUGGAUCACCUCAUCGAUACGGCAGCAGAUGUCCAAUUGCUUCUACAACAUGAAAUCAUUAUUAGCGAUUUAGGGGACAGCCAAGAAAUUGCCACUCUAUUUAACAAACUUAACACGAAUGUCUGCUAUAGUUCACGUGGUUUCUACCUUCUGACCGUCCUCACUGCCAUGAGGAAGCACCUCGACACUAGAUGCAACAAAUGGCGCGCAAGGUUGAAUCGCGAUUACUUCAGUAAUCCUUGGGCAGCUAUCUCAUUAUUUGGUGCUCUUGCCCUAUUUCUUCUUACUGUGAUACAAACCACUUUUACUAUUCUGGGUUAUUUUCGGCCGCCAAAGUAGCUUCCUCACUUAAAAGUAGAUUGUCAGAACGAAGGAAUGCUUGUUGUUGUUUAGAAAUUAAUUUUUGUUGCUUAUGAAGGGAUGUAUCAUGUGUAUGUGUAUGAAGAGAUGUGUUGUUGGUGAAUAAAGGGAUAUAUACUUCCCAAAUUC